AUGAUAAUCCGGCAGCAGGCACAAAGAAAACCCCCCAAGGCCAAACACCUGCGCAAUUACUACUGGAGUAGCCGCAAAAUAGCGGACAAGCUAAAUGCCAUCCAAUGGCAUCACCACCUCAGAGGGCAGAACGAGAUGGCCGACUGUCUGGCUAACCUUGCAAUGGACUCCAAACGUAGCUUCCAAAUGCACGUCACAAGUGACACAGCACAACUGCAAAGAUGA